AUGCUCCAUCCCCUUCUUUUCUACUUUUUUCUCCAUCUGCACUUGGCCUACUGUAACUAUCAAGCCUCCCAUCAUCAAGACCAUUCUGCACCUGGUUACCAUGGAAGCUAUCAUCACGAAGUGGGUCAGGAGCUUCAGAAUAUUCACGAUGACAUGGCGAAUGGGUACCAGCAUCAUCAGGAUUUAGGUUACCCAACGGGACCGCCAUCGCCAGGUCCGGAUCAUGGAUAUCAUGAUCCCCACCAGUAUGGCUACCCAUCUGAACCCUCCCUUCCAUUAUCUCCAUCUGCCGGUUCAUGUCUCUCCAGAAUCCGUUUGGCGGCCUCAUUUGAUCCAACAAUAUCUUCAAAAAUUAAUAGAUUUAUCGACUCGAUGAGAAUAGAUAGAUUGAGAGCAUAUGUUUGUGAGAGGACCGCCUAUUUCUGCGAUGAGCACCAGCAGAAAGAAGUGGGAGAUUUGUUCCAUCAAUACGAUAGAUCAAUUGAGAUAAUUGAUCAAGUGAGACAUCAACUGACAAGUACGGAGAAAGAUCAACUGAAUAUGAUGGAGAAUUUGAAUGAUACACUCGCUGAGCAAGCGUUUUUUGUUUAUAAAUUUCAUCAACUAAAUCCUGUCGACUUGGCUGUUCUCACCUCUGCCAAAGCGUCCUUAACCACUGCCCUCUCUGCAACUGCUCCAGAUGCAGCAUUGAGUAAAUCUAUGGGCUCAUUUACCCCACAAGAUCUAGAGAGAUUGGCGACACUUCCCGUCAAUCAUCUUCCCGAAGAAGUGCGAACUCAUUUGGCACGAUGUCAGAUCACAUCUCCAGAAGUCGUUCAUGACACUGUCGCCUUUUUGUUAUCCGUGAUUGGGUCGAAACAGAAUAAUUAUCGUCGGUAA